GCGUUUUUUAUUCUCGAUUCAAGAUGUUGUCCAUUAUAUUUAAAAGUUCGACACAAUUUACUUUGAUAUAUAUUUUCAUCAAGAGUGGGAAAUAGAAGAAGAAUAUACAUUUUUAAUUUAAUAAGCUGUAAAAUGUCAAAGAUUCCCAGUAGCAUGCUAGAGGGCCAAAGUACAAGUCAGCAACAGCAGCAAGAAGGGCCCACCCAUUUACCACGAACUGAAGAAGAGCCAAUGGAAGUUGAUGAAAUUAGUGACUGUGUCAUAUGCAUGGAUGUCUUGCAAAAUAAAAAGACACUGGACAAAUGCUCACAUGAGUUUUGUAAGGACUGCAUUGACAGCCAUUUUAAGUACAAGCCACAGUGCCCCAUAUGUUUUACAGCCUAUGGAGUUAUUAUUGGGACUCAGCCACCAGGACACAUGGAGAUAAAUCGGGACCGGCGACACCAGCUUCCAGGUUUUACGGAGAAAGGAUUAAUUCGAGUGUACUAUUCAUUUGCUGAUGGAAAGCAGGGGCCAGAACAUCCCAACCCAGGACAGAGGUUUUAUGGAACAAGUCGUACUGGUUAUCUCCCUGACAAUGAAAAAGGACAAAUUGUGGCCCGUCUCCUGAAAGUAGCAUUCAACAGAAGAUUAGUUUUCACGGUCGGAAGAUCACGAACUACAGGGGCAGACAACUGUGUAACAUGGAAUGACAUUCAUCAUAAAACUUCCAUAUCUGGAGGCCCAGAAAAUUUUGGAUACCCAGAUCCCACAUUCCUGGACCGUGUGUUAGAAGAAUUAGCAGCAAAAGGUGUGACAGAAAAUGAUCUGCAUGAAGCUCCACCUGAUGUCAUCAAGUGAACUCUGUCAAUUUCAGACUCAAUGCACAUGGAAAAAACAUCUUUGAUUUUCUCUGCAAAGUUUUAAAGACAAGAAU